UAGCCGAAUUAGAUUUCAAAAUAUUAAAUUAAGUUUCAAUGAAGUACAGCCCGUACGUUGCAUGGCUGGACAUUCAAAAUGGGCCAACAUAAAACAUAUUAAGGCGCAGAAAGAUGGAUUACGAGCAGCUCUUUUUGAGAAGAUUGCUAGACAGCUCCGGCUGGCCGUACAGGAAGGCAAAUCGGCUGAUCCGGCAGUGAAUUCGCUUUUACGAUCCGAAAUUGACAAUGCACUGAAGAGAAAUAUGCCCAUGGGAACAAUACAAAAUACAAUUAAGAAAUGCCAGCAUAACAAAGCACAACUAAAGAAACAUCGCUUCGACAUAAGAUAUAGAAGAAAAGUCUAUAUGAUUUGCAGCAUAUACAGCGAUAAUCUGCCUGGUAUCAAAAUGGAUGUGACGGCAAUGAUAAAAAAAUCUGGUGCUGAAUUUGUAGAUGUGAGCCAUAUGUUCGAGGAUUUUGGACUUAUUGAAGCCCGUUAUGCUUCACCGUUGACCAACCCUGAAACUAGCUUAGAGGAGAAGGUCACGGAAGAUGCAAUUCAACUAGGAGCUGAAGAUGUGGAAAUUGUUGAUGCUACCACGGCUGCAGUGAAUUUCAUUUGCAGUCCGACUUAUUUGACGGGCCUCAGCAAAACUUUGGAGCAAAAUGGGUACUCGAUCGAGAACAGCGAGCAUGUAUUUACUCCAAAUAGUCUUGUACAGCUGGACGAGGACGAAAAGAAGGCAUACUACGUAUUUGUAAAGAAGCUGCGAGAUGUUCCUGGUAUGGAAGACAUAUAUGAUAACGUCGAAUAAAAUCAUGUCUUCAGCUAUAUAUAUAUAUAUAUUUAUUGUACAUAACUUGCAAUAAUCUAUGUUCAAUUGUUACAUGUCUGUAGAGAUGUGAAUAAAUAUGUUAUAAAAUUACAAACUA